UGGGCCGGGGCGGGGAAGGGCCCUGAGCGAGGGGUGCUCGGCCUCCCCUCUCCGCUCUCGCUUCCUCCCCGCAGUACCCAGGCAUAGCCCAGAGCAUCCGGAGUGACGUGGACAACCUGCUGGCGCUGCUGAGGCUGAGCACCACGCUCCCAGCGGGCCUCUUCGCCGACAGCACGCUGCAGGUGCUGCAGAGGGAGCUGGAGUGGGAGUGUGACUACCGGCGCGAGGCCGACUGCGCCCGGAGGUUCAGGCAGCUCCUGGCCGGUGACCCUUUCUUCGAGGUGCCCAGGGUGGCAGCAGAGCUGACCACGCGGCGGGUGCUGACCAUGGAGCUGGGGAGUGGCGUCCCCCUGGAUCAGUGCCAGGACCUGCCCCAGGACGUCCGGAACGAGAUCUGCCACCACGUCCUAUGGCUUUGCCUACGGGAACUCUUCCAGUUCCGCUUCAUGCAGACGGACCCCAACUGGGCCAACUUCUUCUACGACGCCAGCAAGCACCAGGUGACUCUGCUGGAUUUCGGAGCAAGCCGGCCCUUCAGCAGAGAGUUCACUCAUCACUACAUCGAGGUACGGGCGCCUUUGCCGCACGCACGGGAGCCCGCCUGGCUGUUCCGGAGGCUUCCCGGCGUCCCCCAGAGCCAGGGGGUUGAGGCAGCCGGGGCAGGGGCCAGGAUAUAGAUUGAGAAAGCAGCAGCCUGCCCUUUGCCUCGGUUUCCCCUUCCGUCUGGUGUCUGUUCAGAGUGGAGGCCCUCAGGGCA